GCCACAGAGUGCUGGAGGCGCAACAGCGUAGUAACAAGCCAUCUGUAAGGGAUAGGAAGGAGGAAAACCAUCUUUGUCUGUUUUUUUUUUUCUCUCUAAUUAUUUGACAAUGAAUAAUACAAUUCAACCAGACUACAAAUGAAACAGUAGAAACCGAAUUUAAAGUUUAAAUCAAUGGUACAGGAGGGUAUUAUGUCCAGGACGCCUUCCAGCUCAACCCAGGAAAUCCAGAUGGACAUGAUCGAACAUCACGGCUCUCACGCUCAGGGAAAGUAUGCAAAGAGGAAGAGCCGUUUUAAGCGCUCAGAUGGCAGCACCUCCUCAGACACAACCUCCAAUAGCUUCGUACGUCAGGGCUCAGCAGACUCCUACACCAGUCGUCCUUCAGACUCUGACGUAUCUCUGGAGGAGGACCCUGAGGCUCUCAGGAAAGAAGCCGAUAGUCAAGCUCUUGCCACCUUGGAGAAGGCUAAGACCAAGCCUGUAGCAUUUGCUGUGAGGACUAAUGUUGGCUAUAACCCAGGCCCUAAUGAUGAUGUGCCUGUCCAGGGCAUGGCCAUCUCCUUUGAACCCAAAGACUUCCUGCAUAUCAAAGAGAAGUAUAAUAAUGACUGGUGGAUUGGGCGUUUGGUAAAGGAGGGAUGUGAGGUGGGGUUUAUCCCAAGUCCUGUGAAGCUUGAGAGUACACGUCAGUUACAAGAACAGAGAAUAAGACAAAACCGCCUUAGCUCCAGUAAGUCUGGUGGAAGCUCUAGUCUGGAUGUUGCCACAGGUGCCCGAAGGCCCACCCCACCUGGAACAGCUGACUUGUCCCCAGGGCUUUAUGAUGAUGCUCUGGAUUCAGAUGUUGAGGAGGUGGAGCCUGCCGACACCCGUGACCAUAAGGGUGUAGGCGGAAGUGUCACCUCCCCUCAAGGCAAUCUGCCCCGCUUCCCUUUCUUUAAGAAGAUGGAACAUGUUCCUCCCUAUGAUGUGGUGCCUUCCAUGAGACCUAUUAUUCUGGUGGGACCAUCACUUAAAGGCUAUGAGGUGACAGAUAUGAUGCAGAAAGCUCUAUUUGACUUUCUAAAGCACAAGUUUGAGGGCAGAAUAUCCAUCACCCGGGUGACAGCAGACAUCUCUCUUGCCAAACGUUCCAUUCUAAACAACCCCAGCAAACACACGAUCAUCGAGCGCUCCAGCACUAGAUCCAGUCUGGCUGAAGUACAAAGCGAGAUAGAAAGAAUCUUUGAGCUGGCUCGAACACUCCAGUUAGUGGCUCUGGAUGCCGAUACAAUCAACCAUCCAUCUCAACUGGCCAAGACAUCACUAGCACCUAUCAUAGUCUACAUCAAGAUCGCCUCUCCAAAGGUGUUGCAGAGGCUGAUAAAGUCUAGGGGUAAAUCUCAGGCCAAACAUCUCAACGUCCAAAUGGUGGCAGCUGAUAAACUAGCACAAUGUCCUCCUGAGCUUUUUGACAUAAUUUUAGAUGAGAAUCAGUUGGAAGAUGCAUGUGAACAUCUGGCUGAGUACCUGGAGGCCUACUGGAAAGCCACACACCCUCCCAGCUGCAACCCACCCAACCCUCUGCUCAACCGUACCAUGGCCACAGCCGCCCUGGCUGCCUCACCCGAACCCGUCUCCAACCUGCAGGGGCCAUUCCUGGUGCAUGGAGAACAGAAGAGGGGAGGGCCUGAACGUGGCAGUCUCCAAGACUACCAGAGUGACCUGGGUGGCAAGCAGCCCCUGCGCUCUUCGCGCAGCCAGUUGCUUACAGGGGGGCGGGGUCUUUCACGGCAGGACACGUUUGAUUCAGAGACCCAGGGCAGCCGUGAUUCCGCCUACACAGAUGACAUGGAGACAGAUCCGUACGAGGAACCAGACCCAUGUCGCUACCGCCUAAAUCCCGCCCACCACGCUCCUCGCCAAGCCUCCUGGGAGGAUGAAGGGGCAGAACCUGAUCAGGAGAACCUCAAUGUGGUCCCACCACCAGUCAGUCAGCACCAGCGCGGACGAGGCAAGCUGAGGGAGCGUUACUGUCAGGAUGGAGAAGGUGGAGGAGCGACCACUGGCCGUAAUCAUAACCAGGAGGAGUGGAGCAGAGAUGUAUAUAUCCGCUAGGGCAGGUUUACUUGGAUAACAGAGGUUGUAUUACAGAAUCUUCCGAUCUUAUGUCUUCAGUUAAAGGGAUAGUUCACCCAAAAAUGAAAAUUCUGUCGUCAUUUACUCACCCUCAUGUUGUUCCUUAGUCAAAAGGCUUUUUCUUCUGUGGAACCCAAAAGGCGAUGUUAAGGGGCGGUCACAUUUACCUUUGCACAGUGAAAUUCCACAGGUGAAACUGUCAUCUCAGUGGGAAUCUUCACAAUUGUGAGUUUGGCACUGACUACUGCAAGCUAAGAAUUUCCCCUCACGGAUUUCACGUGGAGUUCAAGUCUGGUGAACUUCACUGCUUUAACAAGUUGGAUGUUGCUUGGUUUGGCAGUGACCUCUGUGUGGGCGGUGCUUCGUACACAGCUACUGAACAUUGAAUAUUCACAGGGAACAAGGAUUUAAUUUUAAAGGCAAGUUUCUUAUUAACUUAACUUUACUGGAGUUUAAAGUGCAGCAUUAAAAAAAGAGACUGCUUGGUAAUUUUGAUGCUCCAUACCCGCCCACUCCUUCUUUGCCUGCGGAAAUUCGCCCUGCAAAGGUAAAUGUGACAGCGCCAUUAGGCAGAAUUUUAGAGACAGACAGCUUCAGUCACUAUUCACUUUCAUUGUAUUGUUUUUCCAUACAAUGAAAGUUAAUGGUGACUGAGGCUAACAUUCUGCCCAACGUCUCUUUUUCUGAUCUACAGAACAAAGAAUGUCACACAAGUGACCGAAUUGUAAUUUUUGGGUGAACUAUCCCUUUCAGGCAAUGUCCACACUAAUGUUCUUGUGUAAAAAUGCAUUAAUUUAGCUAUGUUUACGCCUAGAAAAAGAAACAGCAUUUUCUUAAUUGAAAACGGAGCAUUUCAAAACAGCUCACAAUAACUGUAUAUUUUAUAAAACAAUGAUGUUUGGAAACGUAAAAGCGCUCUCAGUACGUUUUUGCAAAUUAAAAAAAGUUUCACACAUAAAAGUAUAGUACUUCAUGUGCACUCACAAUAGACUCCAGCUAUGUCAGUAGCCUGUUAAAAGCCAUUUCAUUUUACAUUGAGUGGGUCAAUGCUGCCAUGUUGACAUCACAUGAAAAACCUCAUUACUACUGCUACUGUUACUACUACUACUACUACUAAAAUAAUAAUUACAUGUUAACUUUUACAUUUUGCUUUUAGCCAAUGCUCAAACAUAGAAAUACAUGUAAACGAAACAAGCAAACCAAACAAUAUAAUAACAAACACAAUAUACUUACUACAGACAACAACAGAGGUGUGGAUCAGCAAGAGUGUGAUCCGAAGACAGUCCAAACAGAAUGAGUGAAAAUGGAAAUAUAAAAUGUCCAAAAGCUUGAGUGAUGAAUCAAACCACUACGACCUACAGCUCUCAACAUCAAGCCCCGAAACCUCAUGAGUCGUAGCAGUGCGGUCACAGUCCAGUGAAUAGAUGGAGACUAACACAGACUAAAAAAUAAACUGAAGAUAAACAAUAUUCGUUGUGAAGCAUCAGCAGUUAGUAAACAAACUUGUGUAUCUUUGAUGAUAGGUAUUAGUAUAAGGUCCAAAACCACUGGUAUUAUUGGGAGGAAAAAGAGCCAGCUAAAAUUGUACUGAGUGCACCUUUAAAAUGGAGGUGUAUGUAACUUUUUCUGUGUUAAAACAGGGCUUGACAUUAAGGAUUGUCAUGUGCUUGUCCUUCGGACAAGCAAAUUGGUCAUUCACUUGACCAGGUAAAAAAAGGACAUUUUUUCAACUGUGGUGUAAAUAUAAUUUUUUCAAAGCAAUAUUCUCAUCAAUAUUUAGUCACUUGUAUUCAAGCAAGACUUACAAUCAUGUACCAACUUACAUUAACAUUGUUUUUCUCUGCAAAUCAAAUACAAAUACAGGUCAUUAAAAGGAUAGUACCCAGAAAUUAAAAUUCUGUCACGAUUACUCAACUUCUUGUUCCAAGCCAACAGAAGAGAGAAUUUUAAAUGAAAUGCAAAGUCAGAAUGUUAGCCCCAGUCACCAUUCACUGUCAGUCAUCUUUUUUCAGUACAAUGAAUGUGAAUGGUGACUUAGAAUAACACCCUGCCUAACAUUUCCUUUUGUGGUCCAAGGAUGAAAGAAUAAAUUAUAUAUGUGUUUGUGAUACAUUAGGUGAGUAAGUUAUGCCAGUAUUAAAACUUUAGUCAAUGCUCACCAGAAUAAAGUAGACGUAGCUCUAUAAUCUGCUUCGUUGUUCAUAAACAGGAUUUUGCAUCGCUCAUAACAGCAAUUGCAUCACAAAUAUAGCCAGCUAUUUUUUCGUUAUUGACAUUUUAAUCAGGCUGCUUGUCUGGUAAGACAAGUAAAAUCCUCUUUCACUUGCCCCUUUAAAAAUACAAGCAUUAAUGUCAAGCCCUCAUUACAAUAUAUAUAUUUUUUUUCCCAGCUUAAUAUGCAGAGACAACUAGUAAACCAUUCAUAGGUACAUUUUCUUGAAAACUGUAAACAGUGUGUUUCUGUGGUGCUAUUAAAACUGCUUUUUGUUUUUAACCCAUCCCAUCAGCUCUACUGAACCAAUGGUGUGAGUUUGAUGCAAGCCUAUUCCUUUGUUUGACCAACAGCAGAUGGAAGGCAUAUUCAAAAAGCUUAUUUGAAAACAAAGUACAUUUUUGCAAUUCUGUUUGGUGGUGCUAGUGUCACCGAAAUUACAUGCUUUAAAUGGAUUUGUGUAAAUGUGACCAUAGUCAUAGUCUAAUCAGUUCUUGAAAUUUGAUGCUUUUUAGUUUUUUUUUUGCCAUUUUGGUGGAGGAAACCACCGUUUUAGUGUGGAUGAGAGGCGUAAAUGUAGCAAAAUAUAUGCUUUUUCAGAAGAAAACAUAAGUGUUGGCAUGCCUCUAUGAGAUGACAAGUAAAAGAUAGGAUUCUGAAAUUGCCAUGGUUACAAUAGAGAUAAGAUAGGAUUCUAGUUUAGAAUGUUUCUGUAAUACAGCCCCAGGAGAGGAUACAGUAGAAGACCAUAAAGAUGAGCAGGUGGUGGGUGAUUAGUUGUGUAGAAUGACACUGAAGUAGAAUCUCUAAAGUUGGAUCUGUUUACAACCCAGAGAAAAACACAAUCAUUGAAAAACACUGUAUAGCUGACACUCAUAAUAUUCACAUUACCUAUACAAAUUACUCUGCCAUUAUGUAUUUAGUUUUAUCCUGUUUUUGAAGGAGGAUAUGUAGAAAACCCUUGGUUUGUUUCAAAUUCAUCUUCAUUGUAUUUUACUUUGUAUAGUACUGCAUGAAUCCUAAUCAUUAUGAGGUUAGUAACUGUUCCUGCUGAGCAUUAAACAUGAUUCAGAAUGUAUAACCAAAAUGUUGCAAAUUUACGUAUGUGUGUAUGGUCGUUGGGUGCGUGUGUGUGUGUGUCCAUUCUCUGUUGUCUUAAACAGGUUCUUUGUGAUCCACAAAAGUCUUGGGAGCACUCCACCAUUUUAAUUUCCCAGCCUACACUACUGCAGAGCAUGUUUUUUGCAUAUUUAAUUCUAUUUAUUGAGUCUCAAAAGGUCUAUCCUCUUUUUAGCCUAUUAAAACCUUGUCUCUCUCCAGAGUGCCACCGCUGCUGUGUGCUCCUCCAGUCUGAGAGGGGCGCUGUGGUGCUCAUGUACAGACUGUAGUUUAAUAGGGCUAACAUGCAUCAACAAUGUGCACCAAUGUUAAUCCAUAUCAAUAUGCAUUUAUAAAAGGUUAAUAUGCAACUAUAAGGUAUUUGAAAAAUAGAAUAACAAAAAACUCAAAGAUUUUUCAAACUAAAUAUCAGUAUGAAACUUUAGAGACCACUUUUGAACUAGCUUUGUGUUGAGUGUAUUCGGCUCUGUCCCAUCUUCUGUGCUUGUCCAAGGGCUUUUAGCAUUGUGCCGCUAAUGUACCACUGCCUUCAGAUGCCAAAUGUUCUGCCUUAUUCGCAUGUCAGUUACAGGCAAACUAAUCACAAGUGCCGUAAUCUUUCAUCAGGCCAUGUCCACUACAACCAUGGUGGGUUGUCUUAACUCAGUGCCACACAUUCAGUCGUUGUUUUUGUGUGUCGUGAUUGUGGUCUACACUGCCAUUUAACCAAGUUUCCAAAGCGACAUGUUUGCACUACAUUGCUAGUCAUUUAAAAGAAUAGUUCCCCCAAAAGUAAAAGUGAUAUAAUUAUUUCCUCACCCUCAAGUCAUUCCAAACCUGGAGAAUUUAUUUCGUGGAACACAAAAGAGAAAUGUUGAAGACUGUUGACUGAUUUUUUUUUUAAUACAAUGGAAGUGAAAACUUUCUUUUUAACAUCUCUUUUUGUGAUCUGGAGAAAAAAAGGAAGUCAUACAGGUUUGGAACAGCAUAAAGGUUGAGAAAAUGAUGACACAAUUUUCAUUUUUGGGUGAACCAUCCCUUUAAUCAUUUAGAGUUAAAGGUAUUUAUUGCAUGAGAGUUUAAUUCACUUCACACUGAAAGUAUAUACUCACACUGACAUAACCACACACCCGCUGGGCCACAUAAUGUCUGACUGCCAAACUCUCCUGCAGCUGCUUAUUGUGUUGUUAUCUCUGUGGCCAAUUUAUAAGCCAGGACUGUGUGUGUUUGUGUGUGUGUCUGUAUGAAAGGGGAGAUAACCUGUUGUCUUUACUAUUUUAUUGUAACCAGAGCAUUGGUAAAUGUCUUUGAGCCUCUUUUUACCCUCACCUAUGUUUUAAAAGAUUAUCAUAAAGAAGUUUGCUAAAUAUACAAGUAGAUAGCUUACUAAAUAAUGUUAUUGUUGCAUUAUCGCAAUUGUUUCAAAAUAUAAGGAAAAACUUAUUCUUUGGUGCCUGAUUGUAGCUCCAUUUUACUUUUUGUUUUUAAUCUGUGGAUAAAUUAAUAUUUUAAUUAA